GCCGGUUGGAGAGCACCACACCACAAGCAGAGAACAAGCAAGAGCUUACUCGCAAGCAAGAAACAGAGCCAAGCAAAGCCACCUAGUGAUCGCUGAUUUCCUUCAUCGGCAGCGCAUCGGCGAUCUCGAUCUAGCAGACAACAUGGUUCAUCAAGAGGUGAUGCCGCUCCUGACGCCAUUCAAGAUGGGGCGGUUCGAGCUCUCCCACCGGGUGGUGCUCGCGCCGCUGACCCGGUGCCGCUCCUACGGUAACGUGCCGCAGCCGCACGCCGCGGUGUACUACUCCCAGCGCGCCACCAGGGGUGGCCUCCUCAUCACGGAGGCUACAGGUGUGUCUGCCACUGCGCAGGGGUACCCGGAGACCCCCGGCAUCUGGACGCAAGAGCAGGUCGAGGCGUGGAAGCCCAUCGUCGACGCCGUCCACCGCAAGGGCGCCCUCUUCUUCUGCCAAAUGUGGCAUGUCGGCAGGGUCUCCACAAACGAUUUUCAACCUGAUGGACAGGCACCCAUUUCAAGCACGGACAAGCAGAUUUCCCCAGACGCCGAGCCCGGCAUGGUGUACUCCAAGCCGCGGCGGCUGCAGGUGGACGAGAUCCCAGGGAUCGUCGACGACUUCCGGCGCGCUGCGCGGAAUGCCAUUGAGGCAGGGUUUGAUGGCGUGGAGAUACACGGUGCGAAUGGGUACCUCCUUGAGCAAUUCAUGAAGGACGGAGCCAAUGACCGAGAUGAUGAGUACGGUGGAAGCCUCGAGAAUAGGUGCCGCUUCGCAGUGGAGGUGGUCGACGCUGUGGUCCGUGAGGUGGGAGCGCAACGUGUGGGCAUCAGGCUGUCACCGUUCCUCGACUACAUGGACUGUGUGGACUCUGACCCAGCGGCGCUCGCCGACUACAUGGUUCGGCAGCUUAACAAGCACGAGGGGUUCCUCUACUGUCACAUGGUGGAGCCUAGAAUGGCCGUUGUUGAUGGUCGUAGGCAGAUCCCUCACAGGCUUUUGCCAUUCCGGAAGGCAUUCAAUGGUAUGUUCAUUGCCGCUGGCGGAUAUGAUCGUGAGGAAGGCAACAAAGUAGUCACAGAUGGCUACACCGACCUCGUUGCUUAUGGAAGGCUCUUCUUGGCCAAUCCGGACCUACCUAAAAGGUUUGAGCUUGGCGCGCCGCUGAAUGAGUAUGACCGUUCCACAUUCUACACGCAGGAUCCAGUUGUUGGCUAUACGGAUUAUCCGUUCCUUGACGAAGACAGCAGUGACCUAACUGCAAAUGAUGCUUAAUCAUCCAGUUCAAUUGUUCGAUUGUGAUUAAUAAUGUGCUACAUUCUUGCGAGAGGCACAAGUUUUAUUUCUCCCUUCAUUGUUGCUUUGUUGUAUCCAGAAUAAAAUAUCAACUCUGUUGAUCAUAUAGUCCUUUGUUUCUUUACAUCUUGUUGUUCACUGCUAUGGUUGAGGUUGAGAACAUCUUUUUAGAAA